GAGGGAGAGGGGAGGAAGGGAUAAGUGGGAUGGGUGGAGUGAGGGGUGUAUUUAAGACGUUGUCCUCCUCGUCCUCCUCAUCAGUCGCUCUCGCCUCCUCUUUUUGCACCUGACCAGCAGGCCGACACUCGUCAUCCACUCAGAAUGUCUUUGCCCAACUCAGAGAACGUCUCCACCCUGGAGAACGCCAUGCAGCUCAUGAUACAGACCUUCCAUAAGUACUCUGGGAACGAGGGGGACAAAUAUACACUGAGCAGGGCUGAGCUCAAAGAGAUGCUUACCACAGAGCUCGGCAACUACCUGGGGAACGCCCAGGAUAAGGAGGCAGUGGAUAAGGUCAUGGGAGACCUGGAUUCCAACAACGACGGGGAGGUAGAUUUCACCGAGUUCAUCAUACUGGUCGGAGCUCUCACUGUGGCCUGCAACGACUUCUUCCUGGAGUACAACGACAAGCCAGAGAAGAAGAAGUGAGCACGCCCUGCUGCGCAAAGACGUCCACUCUGCACACGUUCCAGGGAGGAAAGAGUUCAGACAGGAGAGAGGGACAUCCUGUCAUGGACAUCACUAAUACACACACACACACACACACACACAAGUCUGAUUGUGUAUUUGUCUGCAAUGUCCAAUCAAUAUACUAACUGUAUUUAUUGCAAUGGGAAAAUCUGUCAGUUUGUCAGUUUAAGUCAGUUUCAGCACCUCAUUGUUUUUGUUGAAAGAUGUUUCUUUUUUUUCCUUAAAUGUAUUUUGUAGCACAUGCAAGCAAAGGAAUUUCUCCCUGGAAAGAAUAAAUGUGACCUUUACUCAAA